AUGGCAGCCGAGGAUGCUGUGAACGGGGUACCACGUGAGGAAAAUGCACCAAACAUACAGACAUCCAAGCAGGCCGGCCUACAUCGCGAUGUCGAAGUUGGUGCCGAGGCAAUUGAUCUCGAUGCAAUCGAGAGGGUAUAUGCCAAGCUUGAUCGCAGGAUACUCCCAGCGUUCUGGGUUCUCUACUUCAUGUGCUCGGCGAUUCGUUCAAACAUUGGACUUGCGCAGACUAUGAACCUGGCAGAGGGCCACGACCUCGGAUCUGUGCUUGACAUCACGCCUAAACAGGUCUCCACGGGUCUGGCGCUGUUCUAUGUCUGCUAUGUCAUUUUCGAUUUGCCAUCGAAUCUCAUCAUGUCGAGAGUUAGUCCCCACGCGUGGAUGAGUCGCAUCGUCACUUGCGUUGGCAUCAUUGGCAUGUGCUUGACUGCUAUGAAUGCUGCAUGGAACCUUUAUCUACUGCGGUUGUUGCUUGGAAUCGUCAUUGCAGGCAUGUGGCCAGGCAUGUCGUACUAUCUGACUCUGUUUUACCCCCCGUCCCGGACUGGAAAGCGGAUUGGGCGUUACUUUACAGCUUCCCAGAUGUCUGCAGCUGUUGUAGGCCUGGUAUCGGCUGGGUUCCAAAAAAUGGACGGUCUCGGUGGGCUGGUGGGUUUUCAGUGGAUGUUCCUCCUCUAUGGCAUUGUUGGGUUUAUCGUCGGCGUGUCUCUACUUUGGUGGCUUCCAGACAGGCCACUGCCUCCUGGUCAAGUCCGCGAGCGAACAGGGUGGAUGAAGUGGCUUCCUCAAAGCAAACCGGCACUGGAAGGCGACGACGCGCGUGUUCACUACGAAGAUCUCACACGUGUCUACAGUCGUAAGCUAUGGAACAUGAGAGACCUGUGGAACGUCAUCAUCGACUGGAGGAUCUACCCAUUGGUCGUCAUGUACUUUGGCGUGGUUGGAGUUGGCAACGGAACGCAGGCAUAUGCGACUGUCAUCAUCCGGGGCAUCAACCCAAGCCUGACGAGCAUCCAGCUCAGUCUGCUUUCGGCACCCAUCUGGAUUAUGGACCUGAUUGCCAUAUUACUGGUUACCCCAAUCUCGGAUCGCUUCCACCACCACCGGCCUGCAUUUUUCAGCGCUGCCGUUCUCGUUCAGAUCACCGGACUCGUGGUGGCAACGUUUGCAAAAGGGUGGUCACGAUACGGCGGGGUUUUGCUCAUUGGGUUUGGGCUUGGGCCGACAGUGCCCAUCUGCAUGGCAUGGUCCAACGAGAUCUUCCAGCCGCGGCAUGGAGAGGUGGGAGUGGCUGCAGCCAGCGCCCUGGUGUCUGGACUGGGUAACCUAGGCAGCAUCUUGACAACGUACGCGCUGUAUUCGGGAUGGCCUGCAGAUGCCCAGGCGGGGCCGCACAAGUACCGCAAGAGCAACCUGGUCAUGAUUGGCAUCUUGUGUGGCAGCAUUGUCAGCGCGGGCAGCAUGGUGGUGUUGUUGAGGGUGUUUGGCAGCGGCAAGGGCAAGCAGGUGAGCAGCGCAAGCUCGACGAGCGAGGGAGAGGCAGCAUAUGUAGACGGUGCGGCGCGACGUGAAGCGCAGCAGCGGGGCCUGGGGCGCCUGUUCUGCUUCAAGUGA